CAUUUAAAGGGAUGACGAUUAAAUCAUACAUGAUCUUCGUAAUGGGAGAAACUCUUGCUGCUAUCUGUCUGGGAGCCUGCAGUUGGCAGGGCAGAGUUGUCGGACAGGGGCUCCGUUCACCCGCCCAUUUCCUCCGGUGCAAUAUACGAUAUAUUAUACAUACAAUCCAAACGUCAGCUAUUCGAACGAUUUGAGCAAAAACAAUUAUUAAAACGAGUGUUUUAACGGCAAUAACUGUUAUUGUGCGUUAAUACGUACGCUUUAGUGGUCCUGCCAAACUCGGAUGCAUGACCGAGUUAGCUAGUUUGUUAGCAAGCGAAACUGACACUUACUAAACGUAAAUAUCAGAUAGUUUCGUUAAAUACCCCUCAGAAGCCGCCGAUUAUUUGCAUACGGAUCACAAGAAAAAUCAAAAGGAAAAAUAUGGCCUCACAAAGAAAAAGCCAGAAGAAAAAAAGGACAGAUGAGGUUACCGAAACAAAGGAGCUACAACAUUCUGAUGCAGAACCAUCAGAUGGCAGCAGCAGAGAAGAAAAAAUGGCACAGAAAAGGAAAAUAAAGCCAAAGAAAAAAUACAUAGGUGCUCACGUCUCAAUAUCAGGAGGAAUAUGGAAAGCAGUCGAAUCCAGUGUGGCCAUGGGAGGUCACGCUUUUGCCCUUUUCUUGGGCUCCCAGCGCUCCUGGACAAGACCAGCCCUUGAUACAGCAGCUGCAGUUAAAUUUCAAGAGGCCUGUGGUCAACAUGGCUUUGAUCCCGUACACAUUCUGCCACAUGGAUCUUAUUUGAUGAACUGCGGUUCCCCCAAAGAAGAUGUAUUCAGUAAAAGCCAGGCCAUGCUUGUGGAUGAACUGAGUCGCUGCAGUGCACUGGGCCUCAGCCAGUUUAACUUUCACCCUGGAGCUUCUAUAGACUCCACCCCUGAGAAAUGCAUGGAGAAAAUUGCCCAAGCUAUUAACCACGCACACCAGCAAACCCCUGCUGUCAUUACAGUACUUGAAAACAUGAGUGGUCAGGGCAGCACUAUAGGUGGGCAGUUCAGUGAACUGAGAAGCAUAAUAGACAGAGUGUGUGACAAGACACGUGUUGGGGUGUGCCUGGACACUUGUCAUGCUUUUGCAGCAGGCUAUGACAUUUCACCACCUGGAGGAGUGAAGAAUGUGCUUGAUGAGUUCGACCGUGUGGUUGGGUUGCAUUACUUAAGAGCCGUUCAUUUAAAUGACUCCAAAGGAAAAUUAGGCUGCCAUCUGGACCGCCAUGAAGAUAUUGGACGUGGCCAAAUAGGCAUUACCGCUUUCCGAGAAAUUGUAAAUGAGCCUCGACUGGAUAAUAUCCCUCUGAUUUUAGAAACACCUGGUCGCCCCGGUUUUGAGUAUGCUGAACAGAUAGAGCUCCUUUACUCCCUUUGUGGAAAAAAGAUGAAGAAUUAAACAUCUGCAUCUGCUUGAUGCCAGUUAUUAUUGCUGAAGCGUAAUAAAUAUUUCC